GCUGUAAGACAUGAGAGUAUGAAGCAAACAUCAUUCUCAGUAGCAAUGGAUUACAGAGUGAAUAUUUUCUUGCGGCAGCAGUGGAAUGACCCUCGGCUGGCAUACAACGAGUAUCCAGAUGAUUCUUUGGAUUUGGAUCCAUCCAUGUUGGACUCCAUCUGGAAGCCAGAUUUGUUCUUUGCUAAUGAGAAAGGGGCUCAUUUCCAUGAGAUCACCACAGAUAACAAACUCCUGCGCAUCUCCAGAAAUGGCAACGUCCUGUACAGCAUCAGGAUCACCUUGACGCUGGCUUGUCCCAUGGAUCUGAAGAACUUCCCCAUGGACGUCCAGACGUGUAUCAUGCAGUUAGAGAGCUUUGGCUACACAAUGAAUGAUCUGAUAUUUGAGUGGCAAGAGAAAGGAGCUGUGCAGGUUGCUGAUGAUCUAACCCUGCCUCAGUUCAUCCUAAAGGAAGAAAAGGACUUGCGCUACUGUACUAAGCAUUAUAAUACAGGCAAGUUCACCUGCAUAGAAGCCCGUUUCCAUCUGGAGCGACAGAUGGGCUACUACCUGAUCCAGAUGUAUAUCCCGAGUCUGCUGAUUGUAAUUCUCUCCUGGAUCUCCUUCUGGAUCAACAUGGAUGCUGCACCUGCCCGAGUUGGUCUGGGCAUCACAACUGUGCUCACUAUGACCACACAGAGCUCUGGUUCUCGAGCUUCUUUGCCCAAGGUGUCCUAUGUUAAGGCCAUUGACAUCUGGAUGGCUGUGUGCUUACUCUUUGUGUUCUCGGCUCUUCUGGAGUAUGCUGCCGUCAACUUUGUGUCCCGGCAGCACAAAGAGCUACUCAGGUUCAGAAGGAAAAGGCGGCACCAUAAGGAGGAUGAUACCGGGGAAGGCAGAUUCAACUUUUCAGCCUAUGGGAUGGGGCCUGCCUGCCUGCAAGCCAAGGACGGCAUCUCCGUCAAAGGAGCCAACAACAACAACACCAUAAACCCAGCGCCGCCCCCUUCAAAGUCUCCCGAGGAGAUGCGCAAGCUGUUCAUCCAGCGAGCCAAGAAGAUCGAUAAGAUCUCGCGGAUUGGCUUCCCCAUGGCUUUCCUCAUCUUCAACAUUUUCUAUUGGAUCAUCUAUAAGAUUGUCCGAAGGGAAGAUGUCCACAAGCCAUAGAUGGGGAGGAGGGUUUGUAUGCGGAAUUCAAAGAGGAUGAUAGAUUAUUGUGAAGGCAAGAGAGGUGGUUACUCUAUACACACUAUGUGCAAUAGCAAUGCAGUGAUGCAUGAAUUUAAGAAUGUGGCAAUAUCUAUUUUAAAAAAAAAGUUGGUGACUUAAAAAAAUGAA